AUGAGCCGACCGGAUAAUCGCAGACGUGGACAGAACACAAAGUCUGCUAAGGAACCAGUUUCCAAAAGAUAUAAACCAGAUGUCUAUCCAUCAGAAGAUGAAGACUCUACAAUGUCAGGUUCUAUGGAUUUCGAUCGUGAGUCUAAUGAAAGUCUUUAUGGUCGUAGGGGUGAUGGUAAGAUUGCAAAGAAAUCUACCGCUACUACUGGCCACAGUGUACACAAACUUCACUCGGAUAUUGACUAUGAUGCCACAAAUGAUGGUGAAGAUGAUGAUGACGCUGAUGUUGAUGAAUAUGAAUCGGAUGAAUUACGUGUUGUAUCAAGAGCUCAAACAGUAAAAGCCCGUCACGAACACGGCACUUCAGUUAGCAAGUCUACUGAUGCAUCAGUUGUGUGCACACCAAAAGAUGAAUUCGGAGCUAAAGAUAUGCGAAAUAUAUUGAAGUUACGCAUAGACCAUCCCUAUCGUCCCUUGUGGAUUGGUCCGCAUGGGCACAUAUUUCUUGAAGCAUUUAGUCCACUAGCUCGUCAAGCUCAAGAUUUUUUAAUUGCUAUUUCCGAACCGGUGUGUCGACCACUACAUAUCCAUGAAUAUAAACUCACCUCUUAUUCAUUGUAUGCAGCUGUUUCAGUUGGUUUGCGCACAAGUGAAAUAAUUGGUUGUUUGCGUCGUUUAUGUAAAACUGAUCUACCAGAGGGCAUUGUUGCCUAUAUUCGUAGUUGUAGCCUAUCAUAUGGUUAGGCCAAACUAGUUUUAAAAGGUGGCCGUUAUUUUGUUGAAAGUCCACAUCGUCAGUUUCUACAACAGCUAGCGAACGACAAAACUGUACAACAGUGUUUAGUUAAGACAACAAUUACUGAGG